AUGUUGCCGCUCCCACUGACCACCGCCAACGGGGGUAGGUACUCUGCCACCUCUCGCAAUAAGGCCUACACUACAAGGGACUGCCUGGUGCGAGCGGAUAUUGCGGGAAUUGGAGCAACAGAGCGAUGUUACGACCAAGCUCCCUCGCUUACAGAAAGGUUGCGCGCGCCCCUGUACGCACAGUCAGACUCGGACAAGUCACGGGAAAAAGGCGGGUCAGACUGUCGCACAAACUUUGACCUCGAUCCAGACCUCAAACGUGGCAGCUCUUGGCCCCCACAAAUCUCAAAUCGGCCCCCAAACGGACCCGAGAUCGAGGAAAUCGGCACUCGGACCGAGCCAUCUCUCCACCCCCACGAUAACUUUAACGACAUCUCCGACUCGGAUUUGAGCUUCUGUUUGCUUGAAGAACGGGCGUUUCUGCUGACUUCCGUGUGGAGGUACUGUCGGGGGACGGACCGGACGGACACCGUCGUCUUGAUGCCUGGUGCGCAACCCCGCCUCCGCCACAACCUGCAGGGUUCUUCGGCACCGAGACAUGCAUCCCCUGACAGUUUCGGUGCCGAACCAAUCAUGAACUGCAGGGAUCUCAGUUUAACAUUUCCCCCGAACAACUUUUCGAACCCCAGGGUUGAUGGUAUUCCCCCCUUCUGGAUCGCAAAGACGGCUGGAUUUCUGAUUCAUGCUCUGUCAGCGAGUGCGGCUCGUCAACGUCACCGCUUGUUCGUUGUCGCCUUACCGACCAAACUUCCAGCCGAGCUCGCUUAG